GAGGUGCCUGCUCCGAAGCCUCCGGGGUGUGGCCGCUAUCCAGGGAACUUCCCUGUCCAUCUACCCGUUUGUCCCCGCCAGGAGCCACGGCACACGUGCACAGGUCCCAGGUGGGUGGGUAAGAAGCAAAGGUUUGGAUAUCGCCUGAGGAGGCCAAAGCGGUACAGGAACAGGAUUGCUCUGGGCGCCUGCGACUCCCCAACCGGGCUUUCCCACCAUCUUCUCCCCAUUACCCGCUUCACAACAGGGGGCGCCCUAACCGCUGCGGCCCUGAUCUUACUGCUGCCCUAGCAGGAUCGGAGCUUCCACCAUGGGAUGGGCAGGGGAUGCAGGCUGUACGCCUCGUCCGCCUAUUCGGCCUCAGCCCGCUUCCGAGCGCCGCGUGAUCAUCGUGAUCUUCCUUGGCCUGCUACUCGACCUUCUGGCGUUCACACUGUUGCUGCCUCUGCUGCCUGGGCUGCUUGAGAGUCACGGCCGCGAAAAAGACCCUCUCUAUGGAUCCUGGCAGCGUGGGGUAGACUGGUUUGCCACAUCCAUCGGGAUGCCAGCGGAGAAGAGGUACAACAGCGUCCUGUUCGGAGGUCUCAUCGGCUCAGCCUUCUCCCUCCUGCAGUUCUUCUCUGCACCACUCACAGGAGCUGCUUCUGAUUACCUGGGGAGGCGCCCAGUUAUGAUGUUGUCCUUGACAGGUUUGGCCAUCUCCUAUGCGGUGUGGGCUACCUCUCGGAGCUUUGCGGCCUUCUUGGCCUCCAGAGUGAUAGGAGGCAUCAGCAAGGGGAACGUUAACAUCUCCACGGCCAUUGUCGCUGACCUAGGCUCACCUCCAACCCGCAGCCAAGGCAUGGCAGUUAUUGGGGUAGCCUUCUCCCUGGCCUUUACUCUGGGUCCUAUGCUCGGAGCAUUCCUGUCUGUGGAAAUGGUGCCCUGGAUCAGCCUACUCUUUGCUGUCUUCGACAUGUUGUUCAUCUUCUGCUUCUUGCCAGAGACACUACCGCAGGAAAAACGGGCAUCUUCUGUCACCCUGGGCUUCCACACUGCUGCCAACCUGCUCAGCCCCCUGGCCCUGCUUCGUUUUGCAGCUGUCGCUCACAGUCAGGAUCCACCUGCAGAGGACAGACUCAGAAACUUACGCCGUUUGGGCCUCGUCUACUUCCUCUACCUUUUCCUGUUCUCAGGCCUGGAGUACACACUGAGCUUCCUUGCACACCAGCGCUUCCAAUUCAGCAGCCUGCAGCAGGGCAAGAUGUUUUUCUUCAUCGGCCUCACCAUGGCCACCAUACAGGGCACCUACGCCCGGCGGAUCAGCCCUGGCAAGGAAGCUGCAGCUGUAAAACGGGCAAUGCUGUUGCUGGUACCAGCCUUCCUCUUAAUUGGCUGGGGGCACUCACUACCUAUGUUGGGCUUGGGACUGAUGCUCUACUCCUUCGCUGCUGCUGUUGUAGUGCCUGGUCUGUCCACCAUGGUCUCCAGUUAUGGUUCUCCAGGGCAGAAAGGCACAAUCAUGGGCAUACUGCGGAGCCUAGGCGCCCUAGGUAGGGCGGUGGGGCCCAUGGUGGCCGCCUCAGUGUACUGGCUGACUGGGGCCCAGGUCUGCUUCACUGUGUGCUCCGCACUCUUUCUGCUCCCCUUCUUACUCCUGCAAAGGCUGAGGCAUCCAGCACAGACUUCCAAGGAGAAGUAGCUGAGCUGCCACACCCAACCCCAGCUGUCCGGCUGCCAAGGGGGAACCUGGGCCCAGACCACUCCACUCCUUGCACACUCCUUCCUUGGGCCAGGGAGGCUCACCAUGCCCCUCCUCUCAGGAUGGUAACCCAGUAGGAAGCCUGGGCAGCUAUACCCUUUUCUUACUCCAAAGCCUUUUAGGCUUCUGAUUUUUUUUUAUCUCUCAUUCUUCUGAAUGACCAAAUAAAGCAGCUAUUUUGUACCAAG